CCACUCAAUCUUAUACUUAGUUCACUUCACAACCAAUAUGACAAUAUAGUAUUAUUUUCAACAAUAAGAUCCAAAUAUUCUCUUGGAUUAUGCUCUUCUAUAGAUAAUUGGCUACGUAUAACAUAUCUAUAUAAAUACUAGCUAGUGUUGAGAUUUGAAAGAAAGAAAGAAAGAAAGAAAAAACACACACGAGUAUAGUAGAGCAUGGUUUCUCCUAAUUCUCAUAUGAGCCUCGAACUGAAAAUCAUAGAAGCAAUAAACGUAGAACCCAAGUCCAAAGGUAACAUAUUUGUGAGGUACUAUGUUAAUGGAGGAGAAAAAGACAAGAGAAAAGUUGGGCUCAAAACCAAAGAAAUUUCCAUCAAUGGCAACCACGUUUGGAACGAGUCUUUCUCCUUGGAGUGUUCUUUCACUACAGCUGGCCAUACUCGUACGGACAUGAUCACAAAACUAAAGCAAUUAGAGAGUUUUGUUUUCGAGCUAAGGUGGAGAAAAAAAAGAUCAACAUUAUUUAGAAGUAGUUUUUGGGGUUCGAAACUUUUGGGUAGGGCUGAGAUUUUGUGGAAGGAAGUUAUUGAUGAGUCUCCAAACAUGGUCUUAGAGAAGUGGGUGAAUAUAGGCCGUACUAGUGGUAGAUACAUUAGUGGUGCAGUACCAUCAUUAGCUAAACUGAAGGUGGAGAUUAGGGUUAGGGUUUCGACAGAGGAUCAUAAUGAAGAGGAAGUAAUAGUGGAGAAAAGUAGUAGGGCUAAAAUGGGAAUGAAGAAAAAGAAAUGGGACGAUUGUGGGUGUAAAUCUGGUCACUAUCGUUGUUCUUGUACUUGUGAAGAUUAUCAUGUCUUUGCACUUGCCACAACUUUUGAGGCAUUUUAAUGAGAGCCUUAUCAUAAACUACACACAUAUAUGCAAAAGGAUUUCAAAACAUUAAAUUAUUACAAGAACUCUAUAUUUAUGUUAGUGUAUGGUGGCCAACAGAUUGUAUUAUAUAUAAGUUAUUUUAUAAUUAUAAGAGAAUUUAUUAGUAGUA